CUGCGGUCAUAACGUGACAGCAUCCAGCUGGAACCAAACGGAGCAGCAGCAGCAGCGCACAGGCGAACUCCUCAUCCCAGCAGGCUGUGCUGCUCCUGCAGUCCGCAGACAGGCGAAGGCUGGCAGGGAUCGGUCCCUGCUGCGGCUCAUCUGGAAACAAACACACAAAAAAAUCCCGCAAUUUCAUAAGCGACUCUGUCCGUGUGUGAUUGUGUGCGUGAGUGUGUGAGAGAGAGUGCGCACGGGAUUUUUUCUUUUCUUUUUUUUUUUUUUUUAGGCGGUCGUUGUUGAGAAUAAUCCGUUUUUUAGGUGAACGUUUCCAUCCGAAGAGGACGGGGGUUUCUGGACUUUGCAGGAGGCAGAGCUGCUCAAUUCCGACAGAGAACCCCCCUAAAAUCUAGUCUUUAAUAAGAGGAAUUAUGGGAAAGCAAAACAGCAAGCUGACUCCUGAGGUGAUGGAGGAUCUGGUGAAGAACACAGAGUUUAAUGAACACGAGCUGAAACAGUGGUACAAAGGCUUCCUGAAAGACUGCCCCAGCGGCCGGCUGAAUCUGGAUGAGUUCCAGCAGCUUUAUGUCAAGUUCUUCCCAUAUGGCGACGCGUCGAAGUUUGCAGAACAUGCCUUCAGGACCUUUGACAAAAACGGAGAUGGAACCAUCGAUUUCCGAGAGUUCAUCUGCGCCCUGUCCAUCACCUCCCGCGGCAGCUUUGAGCAGAAACUCAACUGGGCGUUCAACAUGUAUGACCUGGACGGCGACGGCAAAAUCACCAGAGUGGAGAUGCUGGAGAUAAUCGAGGCCAUCUACAAAAUGGUGGGCACCGUGAUCAUGAUGAAGAUGAACGAGGACGGCCUGACACCGGAGCAGAGGGUAGACAAGAUCUUCAGCAAAAUGGAUAAGAACAACGACGACCAGAUCACGCUGGAGGAGUUCAAGGAGGCGGCGAAGAGCGACCCGUCCAUCGUGCUCCUGCUGCAGUGUGACAUGCAGAAGUGAAGCGGCCUCGGCCCCCCCUUUCCCCCCCCUCCCUGCUUGCACCUCUUUCUCUCUACCCCCCGGUCUCACCCCCCAGCCACCAACUCUGGACAGCAGCACACACGUUUUAAGGUCUCAUUAAGGUUCUCUGCCAUUUCCACAAAGGGGGGAAGAAAAAAAAACCAACAUAACGUAAAAGAAAAAGAAAAUGCUUGGACUAUUUUUCAAUGGACUCGCUUCUUGUGGUCGUAUGCAUGAGAAUGUCAAAUGCAGAAUAAUUUUGAAAAAUAGCUAUAAGAUAUCACAGAUGUUUAUUUCCAGACAUGCCAAUGUGAUUCGUGCACAGUGACCCUGUACAUUCUCAUCCAACCUUUAGCUUGUAUAUCAGUGGAGCACUACAUUCGGGUUUGUUUCUGCAGUAUUUAGACCCCCUACUCCCCCCCUUCCCUCCAGUGUUCACUGCUACAACUACUGUAUGCUUUACAUAAUAGUAACAAAACAAUAAUUCCUAUGAUAAUUGUAACUGUCUCUAAUAUCCAGACUUGAUGAGCUCUUGGAGAAUAGAAAAGGCUCUUGUCUGUUCCAGAUGUUCUCACUCAGUGGAACCAAGAAGAGUAGGUUCUUUGCAUGCAUAUAUUACGUGUCGGGAAAAAAAAUAUAAAUAUAUAUAUAAUCUCUUACCUUUUUGCAUCUUUAGGUGGCUAUAAAAAGACGAAAAUUGGAGAUUUAUUUAGUAUUGUUGCAUGGGCUGUACAGUAUGUGACGCAUUAGAUCAUUAGUUGUCCCCCAGUAUGGUGGGAGCAUGCCCCCCCACCCCCACCCAUCUGAAAAAGCAUUCGUGUUUGACACUAGAGUCGUCGGAAAGGUGCUCGCCCUGUAGCCGUGGGUUGAAGAGCUUUCACGUCUACAUGCAGCGCCGCGUUGUGGCCCAGUGUGACAUGUGGGAUGAGCAGAAAUGUAUUCAUGCAGACAUGAUUUUUUUUUUCCUUCCUUUUGAUCACAUAGUGCUGCUGCCGUUUCAAAUGAAAGGUCAAACAUCCCCAGCAUCAACAGGCGCAGCACUCCAAUAAUUGGCUUCUUUUUCAGGCUGCUUGGUUUUGAUUUAAACUUAAAGAAAUAAUAAUUACAACAAAAAAAAAAAUUGACUAACUUACAUAUCAAUAUGUUUACAGAAACAAAGCACUGCGAAUUGAGUACAUUCUUGGCUUUUGGAUGCGCUGCAGGGGCGAGCCCUCAAGGCUUAGGGAGCUUGUGAGGGUGGCUCCAUUUUUUUCAAUGCAGCUGAAACAACAACAAAAGCCUCAUCUAUGUUUACUGGAUACACUGCAUUCCUUUGUGUAAAACCUUUUUGUAAGGAGAAACUUUUUAUUGAAAGGUCUCAUUUAGGCAACCCGUUCGCAGCGAUCAGGAAAGAUGUGGGGACCUCAAAGAGGCGUUCGAUGAAGUUUCUUACACUGUGAGACAGUCGCGUUUGGUAACUGAAGAUUUUUUUUUCUCUUGAUCCCCCCUCCCGGCCCAUCAUCACCCACCUCCUCCUCUCACGUGUAGGCUAUGCAAGCAUGGACUGAGAGUCUGCUUGUUGUCCACUUGCACCAGUGGAUGUUGCAGAAGAAGCUAUUCAUUGUUUUUGUCUUGAACAUAAAUAAGCCAAUCCUCACAUUUCAGCGACUCUAUUAGUUUUAUUUUUUAGUCCAGACAUCAGGUCAGAAAUGUAUUUAUUUUUUUGUUAGGUAAAUGUUUCUAUGGGAUAUGAACUCUCAUUAUUCAACUGACUGUACUCUUUUAUACAUGUGGCAUGUGUUGCACCUAAACUCAGUUCUGUAAUGUUUAAAAUGAAUAAACCAUCAACAGGCUUUUUGGAAACACA